AUGGCUGCAACCGGGAAGCGUCCCGAGAUCAUUGAGCUUUCCCGCGAUCUCCGUGGUAUCCCGCAAUGCGGGGACUACGAACGUAUGAUUUCAGGAAUGAUGUAUAAUCCCAACACGCCGAUGUUGCUCGAGGCGCGGCACCACUGCCGCGGCUUGACUAGGGACUACAACGACCUAGAUACGAAGACCAUUCCAUACGACCAAGUUUUUGAAAAACGACUCGAGUUACUGCGUAAUCUCUGCGGUAAAGUCGGAGAUGGUACCUUCGUGGAACCGCCAUUUAGGCCAGACUAUGGCUGCAAUAUGAUUAUCGGAAGCAAUUGCUUCAUUAACUGGAACUUGACUGUUUUGGACACAAGUCUUGUGGUUAUUGGUGACAGGGUUCAAAUUGGCACCGGCGUGAGCCUUUUGACUGCGGGGCACGAUACAAGUAUACUUUCGCGUCAGAAGUUCGUUGAGUUCGGUCACCCAAUCUUCAUUGAAGACGACUGCUGGAUUGGCGCCAAUGUGGUUAUCUUACCCGGUGUUCGAAUUGGAAAAGGCAGCACAAUUGGAGCCGGAUCGGUUGUCACUAAAGACAUUCCUCCAUUCUCGGUUGCAAUUGGCACUCCCUGUCGUGUGAGGAAGACUAUUCAAUCAGCAGAGGAGGAGGAGCGAGACCCUGAGAAUCCCUACCGGGACCUAUCGCGCGAGCACUAG